AUGUCUGCCUACUACAGGAAUAACGGGUUUGAGGAAGACCCAGAUUACCUGGACUAUUCAAGGUCUCCGAACCGUACACAAGGGUAUUUGAAAACUCUGGGUCCUCCGAACAAUCCACACAACCCCGGCACCAGGAACAAUCCAUACUCUGUAGACUCCAGAGCACGUCCAGAUUAUGCUGGGUCUCUGGCGGAACCAAAUUAUCCUGGAUCUCUGAGUAAUCCAGACUAUUCUGAUACCAGAAGUGAUGCAUACCCUUCAGCCUCUAGAACAAGCCCAGAUAAUCCUCUCUCUCUACCAGAGCCAGAUUAUAGUGAAUUUCAGAGUCAUCCGUACCACCAACCAUCAUCCAGACAGCCAGACUACCCUGGAUCUCAACGAAAUCCUGAUUUUGUAGGCUCCAGCAGCAGUGGAAACUAUGCAGGCUCCAGAACACAUCCAGAUUAUUUUGGCUCCUUAGGAGAACCGGACUACCCUGGAGCUCAAAGCAACUCUGAUCAUCCUGGACCCAGAGCCAACUUGAACCAUCCAGGAUCCAGAAGGAAUCUAAAACAUACAGGUUUCAGAAUCAAUCCGUAUACAGAUUCUCUGGGAGAGCCUGAUUAUCCGGGCGCUGAGAUUCAACCUAACUCUCCACCCUUUUUGGGGGAGCCAGAUUAUCCCAGAACUGAGGACAAUCAGAACUCAUCAAGCUCUUGGGGAGAACCUGAUUAUUCAGAUGAUGAGAAUGGUUAUGAUUAUGGCUCUUCUGAGACCCCAAAGAUGACCAGGGGGGUGCUCAGCAGAACAUCUUCAAUCCAGCCCUCAUUUCAUCACAGGAGUGAUGGCAACCUUUGGGGAGAGAAUGAAGAUUACCCUGAAAGGAUUGAAAUGGCAUCCAUGGACCUAGCAAACUCAUAUAGGCACUCUCUGCCAGGUGUUCCUGGAGAUGGCUAUGUGAACCCUGCUUAUGUAGAUGAAAGUGGUCCUGUCCGUGCUUAUGGAAACCCACCAUUGUCUGAAUGUGACUGGCACAAGUCACCCCAAGGACAGAAGUUAAUUGCAUCUCUCAUACCCAUGACAUCCAGAGACAGAAUUAAAGCCAUCAGGAACCAGCCAAGGACCAUGGAAGAGAAAAGGAACCUUAGGAAAAUAGUUGACAAAGAAAAAAGCAAACAGUCCCAUCAUAUCCUUCAGCUUAAUUGCUGUGUUCAGUGUCUGCACUCCAUUUCACAGGCUUAUCGGAGAUCCAAGAGCAGCCUGUCAGAAAUUCUCAAUUCCAUCAGCCUGUGGCAGAAGACGCUGAAAAUCAUCGGAGGCAAGUUUGGAACCAGCGUUCUCUCCUAUUUCAACUUUCUGAGAUGGCUUUUGAAAUUCAACAUUUUCUCAUUCGUCUUGAACUUCAGCUUCAUCAUAAUCCCUCAGUUUACCGUGGCCGAAAAGAACACCCUCCAGUUCACUGGGUUGGAGUUUUUCACUGGGGUGGGUUAUUUUAGGGACACGGUCAUGUACUAUGGCUUUUACACCAAUUCCACCAUCCAGCACGGGAACAGUGGGGCAUCCUACAACAUGCAGUUGGCCUACAUCUUCACGAUCGGAGCGUGCUUGACCACCUGCUUCUUCAGUUUGCUGUUCAGCAUGGCCAGGUAUUUCCGGAACAACUUCAUUAACCCCCACAUUUACUCCGGAGGGAUCACUAAGCUGAUCUUUUGCUGGGACUUCACUGUCACUCAUGAAAAAGCUGUGAAGCUAAAACAGAAGAACCUUAGCACUGAGAUAAGGGAGAACCUGUCAGAGCUCUGUCAGGAGAAGGCCAAGUUGACAUUCAAUCAGCAGCUGACCCGCUUCUCUGCCUACGUGGUGGCCUGGGUUGUCUCUACAGGAGUGGCCAUCGCCUGCUGUGCAGCCGUUUAUUACCUGGCUGAGUACAACUUAGAGUUCCUGAAGACACACAAGAACCCCGGGGCAGUGCUGUUACUGCCUUUCAUUGUGUCCUGCAUUAAUCUAGCCGUGCCACGUAUCUACUCCAUGUUCAGGCUCGUGGAGAGGUACGAGAUGCCGCGGCACGAAGUCUACGUUCUCCUGAUCCGAAACAUCUUUCUGAAAAUAUCAAUCAUUGGCAUUCUUUGUUACUAUUGGCUCAACACUGUGGCCCUGUCUGGUGAAGAGUGUUGGGAAACUCUAAUUGGCCAGGAAAUCUACCGGCUCCUUCUGAUGGAUUUUGUGUUCUCUUUAGCUGAUUCCUUCCUGGGAGAGUUUUUGAGGAGAAUCAUUGGGAUGCGACUGAUCAGAAGUCUUGGAGUCCAGGAGUUUGACAUUGCCAGGAACGUUCUAGAACUGAUCUACGCACAAACUCUGGUGUGGAUUGGAAUCUUCUUCUGCCCCCUGCUGCCCUUUAUCCAAAUGAUUAUGCUUUUCAUCAUGUUCUACGCCAAAAAUGUCAGCCUGAUGAUGAAUUUCCAGCCUCCAAGCAAAGCCUGGCGGGCCUCACAGAUGAUGACUUUCUUCAUCUUCUUGCUCUUUUUCCCUUCCUUCACCGGGGUCUUGUGCACCCUGGCCAUCACCAUCUGGAGAUUGAAGCCUUCAGCUGACUGUGGCCCUUUUCGAGGUCUGCCUUUCUUCAUUCACUCCAUCUACAGCUGGAUCGACACCCUGAGUACACGGCCUGGCUACCUGUGGGUUGUUUGGAUCUAUCGGAACCUCAUUGGAAGUGUGCACUUCUUUUUCAUCCUCACCCUCAUUGUGCUAAUCAUCACCUAUCUUUACUGGCAGAUCACAGAGGGAAGGAAAAUUAUGAUCAGGCUGCUCCAUGAGCAGAUCGUUAAUGAGGGCAAAGAUAAAAUGUUCCUGAUAGAAAAGUUGAUCAAGCUGCAGGAUAUGGAGAAGAAAGCAAACUCCAGCUCCCUUGUUCUGGAAAGGAGAGAGGUGGAGCAACAAGGCUCUUUACAUUUGGGAGAACAUGAUGGCAGUCCUGACUUGCGACUUAGAAGAUCAGUUCAAGAAGGUAAUCCAAGGGCCUGAUGAUGGUUUUGGUAACCAGACACCAAUCAAAUAAGGAGAGCAGAUGAAAAUGGAACCAGACACCAAUCAAAUAAGGAGAGCAGAUGAAAAUUUCUUCCAUGCCACCUGUGCCUUUAGGAAUUGCCCAGAAGGAAAUCCAAGCCUUGAGCCAGGAGCAGAAACUGACUAUAAUGUAAAUAUCAAAGUAAAAUUGGGCAUUCCAUGCUAUUUUUUACACCUAGAUUGCUGAUUUUUCAAGACGAAAUACUUGGGGUUUUCCAAUAUAGACUGUCGUAAUAUUGAAACAAGGCCACAAAAACCUAGAAAGAAAUAACUAGGGAAUAAUUUAUUUUAUCUUCAAGAAAUGUGUGCAUGAAUGAUUGGUUCUUAGGAAUCUCACCUGCCAGACUUCCCAGACCUGGCAAAGGUUUAGGAACUGUUGUUAAGGAUAGUGGUCCAGCCUGAAUAAACAUGUAAUCCUUAAGCAGGGACGUGAAGCCUGCAUUUAUUUGUGACUUUGAACUAAAAACAUCCUCAUAUGUCCCAAAGUUGGAAUACAACCAGAGGUCUCAUCUC